AUAAGCAACAUGUGGUAUUUUUGACUCAUAUCGAUCUGUCAAGGUAUGUGUAUGUAGAUAAACGUAGGGAACGUCAGGUUGUUUUUAUCUAGCCAAUCCUUGCUGUCGGGGGUGUAUUUUGAUAUUUAUUUCGUGAGAAACAAUAGUGGUGCAAAUUUCGGCUUGCGCUUUAGGUUAGGUCCUUUUAGCGCAGCUUUCGAAACUGUGCGAAAUCAGUGCGGAUAUUCUGAUAUCGACUUUUUUGCGAGAGUGCCGUAAGUUGGUGAGAACAGCUAGAGUAGAGGUCGUCGCGACGCGUUCCUUUUGAAUAUAAUUGCUAAAAGUCCGGGUUUUCGAAGCGCAUUGUAUAUAUUCCAGACUUUACGCGACGUACUACAAGCUAAGCUUCAUUUUAGUCGAUAUUUUUGCUGCAGAGUGGUGUAAUUUCGCAGAUGGCAUAGAAAUUUUUUGAAUAAUCAUUUAAAUUCGCGAGGUAAAUUGUUUUUAACUAUCGGGUAUUUUACCAAAGUAUGGUGUGAUGAGGCGUGAGAAGGACGACAGACGUGAAGUUAUGAAGAAGUUCACAUUUAAAGGCGUUCUAGACAAUUUCCGCAACUCUGUUGCUCAACCCUCCAGACAAGAUCAAGAGAUCCAAGAAACUCUCAAAUCAGAUCACUUCCAAAUUAAGAGGACUUUUCGUCAUGGCUUCCCUUUUCAACCAACCGCAAUGGCGUACGAUCCCGUUCAAAAACUGUUGGCUAUAGGUUCAAAAUGCGGCUCUCUCAGGAUAUUGGGUCAACCGGGAGUCGACGUUCAUGUCCGACACGAUAUGGAUGGUCCCCCGGGCUCUGCUGCCGUCCUCCACCUCCAAUUUCUCGUCAACGAGGGAGCACUUAUUUCAGCAACAGCAGACGAUACACUGCACUUGUGGAAUUUUCGACAAAGGAUCCCGCAAAUUGUACAAAGUCUUAAAUUCCAAAAGGAUAGAAUUACCUACAUGCACCUUCCCUUACAGUCGAAAUGGCUUUAUGUUGGCAGCGAAAGAGGAAACGUCCAUGUAAUUCAAAUAGAAAACUUCAAUCUUUCCGGUUACGUAAUCAACUGGAACAAAACUAUUGAAGCGUCUCGUAAAACACAUCCCGGGGCAAUAGUACAUUUAAGUGAUAACCCUUUAGACGCUAGUAAAUUGUUGAUAGGUUUUGAUUCAGGUCAAGUUGUCUUAUGGGAUCUUAAGAAUAAAAUGGUCGAUAUGAGGUGGUUAACCAGUGAAUUAAGAUCUAUCUCGUGGCAUUACGAAGGAAAACAAUUUAUGUGUUCACACACAGACGGAACUUUAACCACGUGGAGCUUGAAAUCACCUACUAAAUAUAUUCAUAUAUCACAACCUCAUGCGAAAUUUACCAAAGACGGGAAACCAGAGCAAUGCAGACCUAUUUCGAAAGUUGAAUGGAAGACGUCUAGAACGGGGGAAUAUUACGUGAUAUUUUCUGGUGGAAUGCCUUAUGACCAAGCUAGUAGAACACCUUGUAUAACAGUUGUAUAUAGUAAAACGACAACAGUUCUAGAAAUGGAACAUAAUGUUAUCGAUUUUAUCAUACUUUGCGAAUCACCUUAUGCCAGUGAGCUUCAAGAACCUUACGGGAUCAUCGCUCUCCUCCAAAACGAUUUGGUGAUAAUGGAUUUACAAACUCCGGGCUUUCCAUGUCUAGAAAAUCCUUAUCCCAUGGAUAUUCACGAAUCUCCAGUAACUUGUUGCAGUUAUUUGGCAGACUGCCCCGCCGAUCUUAUACCCGCUUUUUAUUCAGUAGGAAGAGCGGGAGCAAUGAAAAGAUCGGGUUUUUCCGAAAUGGAUUGGCCGGUUAGUGGUGGCACUUGGCCGGCCCACGCAUGUACGUACGCCGAAAUAAUCAUGACGGGGCAUUCCGAUGGGAGUAUAAAAUUUUGGGACGCUAGCGCCGGUACUUUACAAGUAUUAUAUAAAUUGAAGACUGCCAAAGUUUUCGAAAAACCCAAAGCUAGAUCGUUAGAAUCGGAAGAUGAACCUUUCGCUAUUGAAAUAAUUUCCUUGUGUCCGGAAUCGAGGAAAUUGUGUGUAGCCGGUGCUUCGAGUCACGUCAUACUUUUUACGUAUAAAAAAACGGAUAGUUUCGAUGAGGUAACGGUUUUAGAGAUACCUAUCACGUACGAAGUACCGGAUGAAGGGGAAAUAUCACCAGAUUGUCAAUUUUCUGGACCUGGGAGUGCUGGAUCCGGUAACAAAUUGGAUAUGUUGGAUAUAGACAGUAAAAGGGACGGUUCAUUACUGAAGGUAAAAACCGGCAACCAAAAGAAACUUCCCGGUUUUCAAGCUCAGCUAGUUUGUCUAACUCCGUGGAAUAAUGGGGAGCCUCCUAGUCACAUUUCCGCUCUAACCGUCAAUAGUUCAUACGGGCUUAUGGCGUAUGGAAAUGAAGCUGGUAUUGUGAUAAUAGAUAUAGAACAGAAAGUGUGUCUUUUGAAUGUCGGUAGUCCAGAUAUGUACGGAGCUCAAGAUCCUUAUUCCCGUGUACCGAGAAGUCCGAAAAAAGGUCAGUUAGGAGCAGAAACUGGAAAUGUUUAUUCCGAUAAAGAAGAUAGACAACCUCGAAGUCCCAGCAUAGAUCAGAUGGGAAGAUCCCCAGAAAGUCCAUUUUCCUUUGCCCCUUGCCCCACACCUGUAGAGCAAGCUUGCGAAGCAGUCGAAGAAGAGAAAGCUGUACCUAUACCUCAAAAUCGACGGAAAUCUUCGACUUGGAAAGGGUUCAAUUUAAAGCGCCAAUUAUCAAAAGUCGAUAUCAAAAUUAAAAAUCCCCUAAAAGAAAAAAGGGGAAGUAUAUUUUACAAUGACGUUACCUCGUAUCAAGACAAUUUUGACAAUCUCGAAGAGACUGAAACUUCUCCGGAAUCCGAUGAAAAUACCAUAAUAGACAAUCAAAGUGUCAUAGAUCUAUCAGUGAAACAAGAAAAUCAAGAGACAAAUAUUACAAAUAUUAAACGUUCUGAAGAAGACAUCUUAAAUUUGUCACCCGAAGAAGAACCAGCCGUUCCAUUUUUAGUUGGGUCAUUAGGUAGUUAUAAUGAGCACAAUAGAAAUAAACCUUCAAUUUCGAGACCUGAUAAUUUAGAAUUGACGGGAGAUGAUGGUUCACCCGUAAGACCACCGAGGCACAAAAAGAAACAACAAAUAGACAAAAGGGACCAACGAUUACUCUCUGUGCCUAAUAUCAAAUUCCAGAAGGCAGACGCUCAGAAUUAUAAAGAUUUGAGGGACAAAGAAGAAGUGAACGCGACCAGUCCUCAACCCACAUUCACCGGAAAUCUCAUGAGACGUUUCAGAGAUACAAGCAUAUCGAAAGUUCUUUGUAAUUGUGUAUCAGACAAGUUAGAUAGCUCGUUCUCAAGAUCGAGAUCGUCGUCGAUGAGCUCCUUGGAGAACAUCACAUCAGAAUCGAUACAGUGUUUAGCGUUCGUCGAUUCAUACACCAAAAAAUCAGAACCAUCAACGCUGAUGCCGACGUUAUGGGUAGGAACAAGUCUAGGAUCUGUUAUAACAAUAUAUAUAACACCACCAGAUGUCGAUAGCCGUUCGUCCCAGCCCGUGGUGGUGUCGUUAGUCGGAGCGACGAUAUUCAGAUUGAAAGGUUCAAUAUUGACAAUGUCGUUUUUAGAUUGUAAUGGCUCACUGAUACCCUACUCAUUCGAAUCGUGGAAGGACGAACAGAAAGAAAAGAGAGACAGAACACCAACUAGAAAUAAUUCACGAAUGAGUCCAACUUUGAUUGGAUCUGAUGCUAUUCGAAAUGACAAUUUAUCAGACAGACAAUUUGUGGUUAUGGCUAGUGAAAAACAAGCAAGGGUUGUAGCUCUUCCGUCUCAAACUUGCGUCUACAGGCAACAACUGGCCGAUACCGAUUUCGUAGUCAAAGCAGAAGUUAUCUCUAUGAGAGUUAACGUAUGUUUAGCUUGUUAUAUUUCAAACGGCCAUCUUACAACAUACAGUUUACCGAGUCUGAGACCUCUUUUAGACAUUGAUUUUUUACCACUUUCUGAGCUUAGUUUUCAGACACAAUCUAACAAAGGCAUAAUAGACCCAAUGUUAUCGAUUUGGGGCCAACAACUCAUUGUUAACGAGGAUACUGACCAAAUCACAAGAACCUUCAACUUCAGCAACAGAGGUCAUGGUUUGUACUUGGCGUCACCUUCAGAAUUACAGAAGUUCACCUUAUGUGCGGAAUUUUGCUCAAACUUAACGGAAAUGAUUGGCGAAUUAUUCCUACCAACCGAAAUGCCUGAACCUCCUAAAGAAGGCUUCUUCAAAGGAUUAUUCGGAGGUGGAGUUAGAUCUUUAGACCGCGAAGAACUAUUUGGUGAAUCGAGUGGUAAACCCAGUAAAGCUGUAGCGAAACACAUUCCUGGUAACAUGCCUGAACUGAGUCAGCGAGCGACUACUGCCAUAAGCGACGUCAGUAGAGCUCACAAAUUGAUGAUGGAAAGAGGAGAUAAACUCAAUCAAUUAGAAGAUCGAGCGGAAAAAAUGAGAAACGAAGCUGAGAAUUUCUCGUCAUCGGCACACGAACUCAUGCUCAAAUAUAAGGAUAAAAAAUGGUAUCAGUUGUGAAGUGCUUAUACUAUAGAUUUAAUUUUCAUAAGCGUGUUAAUAUUGGUAAAAAUGAAUGAAUUGUACAGAUUUUCGUACUAGGAUUGUAGUAUUUAAUAGUUUAUAGAAAAAAAGAGUAAGUGACAAAUCAAUAUAAACAUAAUACGAGGAUAAUUAAUUAAUAAUGUCUAAGGGAAUUUAUUUUGUUUAACUUUAAAGUAUUCGUCGAAAAUUAUUGGAAAAGAAACUUCACAUAUUUUUUAAAAUAUAGUCCAGUCAACAACGGCGAUUCAUCCAAAGUUGUAUAUGCACGAUUUGUGCUUCCCGCUGGUUAGGGGUGAAAACUCACCCAUUCCAUUCCAUUUCAAAUGAAGAAAUAAACAUUUUAUAACAUAAAUAAAUGGAUAAAAGAAAGGUAGAAGUGUGAAAAAUUGGGGAAAUUGUACUUAUAAGUUGUUUUUUUCAUCAAUAUCGUUUUUUUUUCGAAAAAUCGUAUAGAAACAAACAAUUCGGUGAAAAAACUAACCUAACUUUAUGUGGAAGUGGGUCGAACCCAUUCGAUUAAUUGAUAUUUUUAAUAACUUUUCUUAUUAUUCCGGCCCAUUUAAGAUAAAAAUGAAACUUAAGCUUAAAAACCAAAAUUUCAACACUUUUUGACCAAUGAAAAAAUCCAAAAACCAUAAAUUACCCGACUUGCCUCUGAAAACUGUACUUAAAAAUUGUUUUUUUUAAUUAAUAUUGUAUUUUUAUUCGAAAAGUUUAUACAAAAACAAACAGUUUGGAAAAAACCUAACCUAACUUUAUUUGGAAGUGUGGUCGAACCUAUUCGAAAAAUUGAUAUUUUUAAUAAUUUUUUCACAUUUUUCCUGCACAUUCAAGAUAAAAAGAAAGCUUAAGUUUAAAAACCAAUAUUUCAACACUUUUUUAACCAAUAAAGAAUCCAAAAAAAAACCAUUAAUUUUCCGAUUUGUCUCUGAAAACAGUACUUAAUUUUUUUUAUUAAUAUUGUAUUUUCAUUCGAAAAGUUUAUACAAAAACAUACAAUUCGAAAAAAAAACGAACCCAACCUAAUUUGGAAGUGGGAUCAAUCCUAUUUUUUGUCAUAACAAAUUUUUCAAGCUAGGUCAAGUUUUGUUCUUUCCGAAGAACAAUAUGACAAAUUUUUGAGUAAAAUGUUAGGAAAAAAUAGGAAAAUUAUGAUCUCUGAAUUUUCUUAUUAUCCAAAUUUCUCUGUUUUCAAACUUCCAAACUCACUUUUUACUUUAAUGCACCGAAAAUAUUAACAAAAUGGAAAAAAUCUUGAAAAUAUCAAUUUUUCGAUUUUUUGUUACCAAAAAAAUGGUAGUCACCAAACAUUUACCAAAUUGAAAUAGUACAUUUUAUAUUUUAGUAUGCAAAUUAUAAAUUUUUCAACAAUUCAACCCUUAUAAAAUCCAACAUUAAGGCUAAUUUUAAAUAAAAAAUCAUUUUUGAUAGCUUAAAAUAUCAACAGAAGAGUUACCAACACAACGCACGUUUCGAUAACCAAAUUAUCAUCUUCAUAGACUAAAGGUAAACUAUAAUUUACUACGCUCGUCAAACAGUGUAAUUGUAAGUGUUGGUGUCGUAACCACUUACUAUUUUCGACAUUUUUCCACAGUUUCGACUUAUUAAAAUUCGAAAUAAUUUCGGAUAUGAUGCGUAGAUUUUCCAUAUUUUUGAUAUAUUGGACAUAUCAACUCCGGUUUAUAAUAUCUAGAGGUUUCUACGCCGCUCUGAUGAGACGCAUUAACAUAGAAACUUGUCAGCAAUUACGAUCUUUAUUUUAAACGAUAUUUUAGAAGCUAGUUUUUCGAAUAUUGAUAAAAAAGAGUUUUUAAGAAUUGAAAAAAAAAAUUAAGAAAAUAAUAUAUACUUUUGAAAUUGUGAUUUAAAAAUUUUUUUGCAUAUAUCUUUGGAACAUACACUUAUUUGUUGAUGAAAAAUAUUCAUUUUCAUGGAAAAUCUGUUGGCUCAAAUUGAUUUUUCCUUUGAAACAUAGUUACUUUAUUUUCAUUAUAAAUCAGUCAAUUUUUUGCAAAAGACGUUUAUCAUAGUUCAUUUUGAACAUUUUUCAAAGCUGUAUAAGAAUGCUCCUGAAUAUUUUCUACAAAAAAUGGAAAGUUUUACUAUCAUUUCACCUUGAAAUGUCUCGAAUUUUUAACUGUGAAUUGAAUUUUUUAUUUAACGAGGCAAUUUCUGGUCAAAAUAUCAGCAGUUUUGAUAGGGAAUAGCUAAAAAAUAUCUUAUGGGCUUAUUUUGCAUUUCCGAGAGAAAGUGGCACUCACCCCCAGGCUAAAAUACACAUGGACAUAAUAUAACUUUUGAACCUUGAGACAAUUACUACUUCGAGCCUGAAAGCUAAAUUCCUCUGUUGAAUGGACUAUAAGUAAUUUCGUUGUUUGUUCUAUUUUUGUACAUAUUUCAUACAAAAAAAAUUUCUCAUUUUUAAUUGUAAUAUUAUUGACUUGUCACCUACUUUCAUUAGACCAAUAGGCAGAAAUUUAUUUAACUCUGCUUCGUUUCCUAUUAAAUGAAUCGACUUUAUUUUGUCUAUAAAAAAUUGUUUAAACGUCCACAAAAUCUAAUCACAAACACUCAGUAAACAUAAUAAAGUUUAAAAAAUAAACACAAGUCCAAAAACCAAACUACAGAUACAGGAUUGGAAUAUAAUGGGGUAAUGAUAUAUUUCAACCCCAAAGUCUAUUAUUAAAAUCAGUAGGAACCUAUAAAAACCACAUUUUUUCGGAAUAUCAUCUCUCUAAUAAAAAAUAUAUCAAAUUCCAAUCAUUAUCCUGAAUUUUUCAAUAAAUGAAGUUUGCAAGGACAAUUUAGUGCCCUCGAUAUUUCAAUGUUAUUUUUUUUUAAAUUUUUGCUCAUAUAAAAAAUAAAAUAAAAUAAAUAAAAAAUAGGUUGAUUUAUGCGGCAGUUAUGAGGAAUAUAAUUAAAUAAAUUUGAUUUUAUAUGCAAAUAUUGGGAAAAUCUUUCUAAAACAGUAUUAAAUUCAAAAAGACGGCCGCGAAUAAUAAAUUCAUAUAUAAUUUUUAAUAGCUGUUUAUUUCAUUUCAGUUUGCUGAAAUCAGAAAGAAUUGCAGUUCAAUAAGCAAUAUCAAUAAAAUAUUCAAAAUUUUUUUCACAUAUUCUAUAACGCUACAACUAUAAAAAUUUUUUCAGUUAUUUUGAGAUUUAUUGAUGAAAAAUUAAUUUUAACUUAUUAUCGUUAUAAAUUAUAAAUUAUAAAAAGAUAGGCUUCCAAAAUUCACUCGUCGAGAAAAAAGAAAAAGGUCAACACUGCUUUCAUUCCGGACGUUAGCGACACAACAAACUUGCAGAUCAUAUUUUGUAUAUUUAAACCUUUCCCUUGUAUGACACUUACGGAUGUCAAAUGUCAAACGUCAAUGAACACGUUGGUACUACUGGUAACAUGGAUCGUCUUCUACUUCUUCAUGCGUCUCUUGGGAUUUUUGGAACAGUUCUACCAUUCGGAUAUGUAUGUUUUUUAACAUACGCUUCUCUUAAUACUAUUUGCCAAUGACAUCUGAGGUUUUUUUCCAUUAUAAAUUAUAAAAAGAUGUCAAUGAUAAAGAAAAUUAUCAACACUGCUUUCAGUUGGAUAUUUAUCUGUUUAAUCCAGCCUUUGUUAGUGCUCUGAAAAUAGCACAAAAAACUUUUGCUGAUCAUAUUUUGCAUGUUUGAACUAUCCACAUCUGACCAACAUCUUGCGGUUGGUCAGAUGUCAAACGUUAACAAACGCAUUAGUACUAUUUGUAAUGUAGAUCGUCUUCUACUGUCUCGCGCUUUUCUUUGGAUCAGUUGUCUCAUUCGAAUAUGUAUGUUUUUUGACAUACACUUGUUUUUUUACCAGAUUUCACAAAAAAAUGGACUCAUAAAGUGAGUCACUCAUUUUCAUACUACCAUCAAUAUAGUUUCUUUGGAAAAAUGACUAUAAAUCAAAAAUCAAACGUGCUACUGACUGAAAUUAAAUUGAAAAUAAAUCGUUUUUUACUCGCCAAAUGUAGAAGAAGGGAUUAAACUCCGCAGUUUCCUGAGUUAUGAUUUAAUUUCUGAACUUUAAUAGACAUAUAUUGUGUACUCUCAAAUAUGUUACCUUUUUUGUAAGUGGUUACAGAAAUUACAAUGCUUCACUUUAAUUCAUACUGAUAUGACAUUUGAGUUGUUAUUUCGUUAUGAGAUUUGGGCGGGAAAUUUGAAUUAAGAAAUGUUAUAAUAACCAAAAACUAGAGGUCACUUUUUAAGUUAGACUAAACAGAAUUUUCUUAACCUCGUAAUUUUUUACAUUGUAAACAUGUGUAUAAAAAAUUGAGGUUAUGGUUGUGAAAAUUGCAAAAUAAUCUAGAAUUUCUGAAGGAAUAUAUAUUCUUAGAUCAAAAUAUUCAAAAAAAGUUAUAAACAAAAUAAAGUAUGUUCAUUUGAUAUCUGUUUAUUUGCCCGUUGGUCUAUUCCUGAACUUCUUAAACUUAAUGCAAAUUGUGAUAUUCUAUUCUGUCUGUAAGGACAGAUUGCGAUGACUUUUAAACUACCUUAAAUGAUUUAUUACUGUCUUAAAAAAAUUGUUUGGGUAAGGUAACCUCGAAAAUUUUUACUAUCGCUACCAAAUAUGUCUAUAAUCAUGAAUAAUCCACAGGUUAGAAUAAUAAAUUAGCAAGAUUAAUAGAUUUUCAUAUGAUAUUUCGUGAAAUUUGAUUAAAAACUUGCCCAUUAAAGUUACUAGUACCAAAUCCUGCCAUUGGACAUUUAUAUUGUCCUCUUCAAGCAGAGGGUGUUGAAUAUCUUGGAUUUAACUAAUGAAUUCUUACAAACUUGCAGCAAAACUUUCUUUUUAGAGCCAUUUUAAAAUUGUGUUGAAGAUUGGUACAGUGCUGCUGUAGCAUAGGUAUCCCAUAGGUUUCAAAACUCUACAGCACAUAUCUUAAGAUAUGGAUUGGUAUUGAAACGAAAUAUCGAUUCAACAUACAAUGUUGUCUGAAAGAUAUUAACGAAAAAAAAAUUAUUCGGAAUUUAUACAACACUGAAAAAAGUUUUGUACAUAAACACUGAUAUAUAAUGUGAAAUACUAUGAAAUGUCUAGUUUUCGUUAUGGAAAUAUAAAAAAUUCACAGUAUUAAAAAGAUGACAUGACUUAGAGAGGAGUCAGUUUUGGGCAAGCGGUGAUUAGUUGUCUUAGCUCGACAAAAUGCCAGCGUAUUCUUUCAACCUUGUUGUGCAAUGUUCAACAAAGCACCAAGUCACAGAGUUACGCUAAACUCCAUACAGUCUCGACGUAGAUCCAUGAGGCGUUUGGGUUUUCCAUAGAUUAAAAACGACAUUCAAAGGACACCGGUUUGAUAAUGGAUUAUUAUUAAUAUUCCGAAGAAAAAUUCGUGAACUAAAUUCUAGGACUAUAUCAGGAAGUGGAAAAACUGCUUGGAACGUGUUAUUGAAUCAAAUGAAGGGUUCACAUUUAGAGAAUAACUCAAACUUCGUAUGUACAUGACUAUGAUGACCUAUUGAAAAGGGAUAAUGCCUAUCAGUUGAUAAGAAUAUUAAUCCCUAAUAAAAAGCAGAAUUGAUUAAGUUUAAUGAAUCAUUAAAUUGAUCUAAUUAAUAUUUCAAAUUCCUAACCUAAAUGUACAAUCAUCUGUAUAGAACCUGUGUAUAUCAUAGUCCUUUAUGCAAUUUUUGGUAGCCUAUAAAAAAUUUUCUUCUAAUACCAUUUUGUGCUGAAAAUUUUUCGUUUAUAAUCUUGAAUUUGGAAAAAAUACCAGUUACCAGUGUGGUUUCUCAUUUACAUGAUUUGACUUGGAAGUAUUGACGAAAGUUUUGUUUUUUCAGUCAUAAUAAAAACACUGUUUACUACUCUAACUCUAUUACAUUGGUCUUGGUUAUGAACUAGUUUGGCUUGAAGAACCAGGUAAUGUAAUUAUGGAUGUUGAUCUAGUGCUAGAAAUUUCCAAUCAUUUUGAAUCUUUUUUAUGAAAAGAGCGAUCUUUCCCCGCCUACUUAUUCUUCUUUCUAACUCUAGCUCUAAGUAGUAGUUUUGCAUAUUUCCUAUUUUUACACAAUCUCUUUCUUUCAUAUUCGUUAAUAACUUUUUUCGUUAUUCUUAAUAAACUAAAUCAAUUUUCUCCAUUUUAUAAUAUUGAAUUAAAAAAAAUUGAUUAUUUCCAUUCUGAAUUAACUCUUCACUACCCUACGCUAACACCCUAUUACAUUGGUCCUUCGAGCCGGAAAAGAACCAGCUCGAAGGACCAGACAAUGUAAUGGGAAAUGUUGAUGUAGUUGUGUAGUGAAUAGUAUAUUCAAUGAUUCCACAAAUUCCUAAUAGUUUUAAAAUAGGCUUUUAUGGAAAAAUGAAGUAAAAAAAUAAUUUGGAAAGGAAAAUCUUGCUCUUCUUAAUUUCAAGCUCAUUUUUAUUAACAAAACUUUUUGAUAUUUCAGUAAUCGAAUUUUUUCUCCGUUUUUAGCUAUCGAGUAUUUUCUCUUUUUGUACAAUCUUCUUUUCAAAUUUCAUAUUUCCCAGAGAUUUUUUUUAUUAUUCUUAACAAACUGAGUUAUUUUUUCCCAUUUUAUAAUCUAGAAUUUACGAAAAAAUGUUGUUUCCAUCAUUCUGAAUAAACUGUUCACUAACACUAUUACAUUGGUCCUUCGAACCGGAAAAGAACCAGCGAGCUACAGCUUAAUGGACCAGAUAAUGUAAUUGGAAGUGUUAAUGUAGUUGUAUAUUAAAUAAUAUAUUUAAUGAUUCGAAGAAUUCCGAUUAGUUUUGAAACAGUUUUUAUGUAAAAUUUGAUGACAAGAAAUCAUUUUCAUCAAGAAAACUUCACUCUUUUUUAUUCUACUAUGAUAUUCUAGUAUAAGAAUUGUUUCUCAGUUUUCAUCCAUCAGGUAUUUUCUCUUCUUGGACAACCUUUUAAGUUUCAUAUUUGUUAAUAGAUUUUUCGUUAUUUUUAACAAACUUAGUCAUUUUACCCAAUUAUAUAAUCUUAAAUUGAAAAAAAUCUUUUCAUAAUACUGAAUAAACUGUUCAGUACCCUAUAUUAACACACUAUUAAAUUGGUCCUUCGAGCCGUGUUAUGAAUCAGCUACUUCCGGCUCGAAGAACCAAAUAAUGUAAUUGUUGAUUUCCAAUAAUUUGUAUUUAUGUGAACUUUGAAGUGAAGAAAUUAUUUGGAAAGCGAGAUCUUACCCUUCUUAACUUCCAGUAUUUCCUCUUCUUGCACAAUCUGGUACAAACAAAAAUUGUUAUUUAGAUAAUUCUCAAUAAACUGCUCACUUCCCUACACUAACACACUAUUACAUUGGUCCUUUGAGCCGGGACAAAACCAGCGAACUACGGCUCGGAAGACCAGACAAUGUAAUUGGAAGUGUAAAGGUAGUAGGUAAUGAAUAAUGUAUUCAAUGAUUUCAGGAAUUCCGUUUAGUUUAGGAACAUUUUAUGUGUAAAAUUUGUAGUAAAAAAAUCAUUUGGAAUGGGAGAUCUUGCCUCUUAUUAAUUCCAAGCUCAUGUUUCUCAACAUCAAUUUAAUAACUGUCUUUUGUUCUUUUUCUCUCCCACUCUGGUAUUCUGGUCUUCAAUUAUAAUUGUUUCCACGUUUUCUGUCAUGGAAUUUUUCCUUUUGCACCAUCUUUUUUCAAGUUUCAUAUUGAUUGAUAGUUUUUCAAUUAUUCUUAAUAAACUAAGUUAUUUUUUAUAUUUUUUAAUUUUGAAUUAAAAAAAAAUGUUUCGAAUAAAUAUUUCACUACCCUACACUAACACACAAUAACGUUGGUUCUCCGAGCCGGAAAAAACCAGCUACUUACGGCUCGAAGGACCAGACAAUGUAAUUUUAACUGUUGUAGGAUUCCAAAAUAGUUUUAUGGAAAAUAUAAUUUGGAGAGGCAGAUCUUAUUCUCUGUCCUUCUUUUGCCCCAAUUUUUCAACAAAUUUUUUUCUUCAAAUUCCUUUUUUGCUAAUGGUGUUGGAAAUAUGCCGUUGAAAUUUCUUGUAAUUUUUGAUUUUUAUGUCCCACUAUUUUCGAUUUGUGAAGUUAAUGUAUACAGGGCGAAAUGAUAACACUUAAUUUAUCUAUAACCUUCAGCAAUCGUUAUUAAAGACCACGGGCCUUAUAUAAUUUGUAUAACUCUAUUAAGGGUAUCAUUUUAUUGAGUAAAAAUACGCAUAAAAGGAACAAAUGUGGAAAUUUGGUUUAAAAUAUGCAAUUGAUCAACAACAAGAUACCCAUUUCAAUGAUUUUCCAUAUCAUAAGGGUAAUUUUCCUUUACUAUAACGAUAUAGUUCGAGAAACUGAGUUAACUGGUAAUUUAAUUGUUAUUUCGCAUGUAUAUAAUCCGCUGUAAUUGUAGAAAAAGAAGUAGUGAAUGUAAAUAUGUACUAAAUUUGUUCUUUUUAUCUGAUGAAAAAAAAACAUGUUAUAAGUAUUUGGAAGACAAUAAGGUAUGUUUAAAAAGCUAUUUUUUCAACGGUACAGCUUCUCUAAACUUUUUUUUGUUAUUUUAAUUAUUAUAGAUUAUUUUACAGGAAAAAACCAGUUUUUUUCUUGCUACAUAAUUAUUUAUAUCGACAAAGUAAAAUGCAUAUCAGUAAGACUAUCACAUGAAGUUGUUAAUUUCAGAUUUUUAUCCAUACUGUUGAUACAAUUUAUAGUUUAUAUUAUAUAUUUCAACAAUAAAAGAGGUAUAAACAAAGAAAGCUGGUUUUACAAUUAUUAAAUCGUAUUUUUUGGAAAACUGAUAUUUAUUUAGGCAACAAAACAUACACUUGCCACUGAACAAAAAUUUAAAAAUCGAAAGUGUACAUGGAAAUUACAUUCUAAAUAUUGGCAAACAUGUGGCAUUAGUAAUGCUUUCAAACAAAAACUAUAUAUGUGUAACAGGAAUCAUCAGUCGAAAAUUUGGGGAAAUAACAUUCAGAACGUUGGCAGCUAUGUGGCAGUAGUUAUGGUAAAUCUAACCAAUCAAUAUGGAAUCAUUACUUGUGUAUCUGGGGAAAUCAUAUCUUAAACGUUGACAGUCGUGUGAUAUCAGUAGUGACAAUUGCAGCUGUUGAACGAAAACUAAGUAAAAGAAAGUGUAAUUAGAAUCAUUAUAACAUUCUGAAUUUUGACAGAAUUAAAUACUGAAAGUGUUAUUGGGAUUAUUACUCGUAUAUCUGGUGAAAUUACCUUCGAAACGUUGACAGCCUUGUGAUAUCAGUAGUGACAAUUGCGAACAUUAAACUAAAACUGGGUAUUGUAAGGGUAAUUGGAAUCAUUACUUGUAAAUCUGGGGAAACUUUCGUCAUUCUUGGGAGCAUUUGCAGCGUUGUCACAUUAUUCAUGGAAUAUGGAAAUUAAUAGAAAAAGCUGAAGCAAAUUUUUGACAUUAACGUAUGAAAUUUCACAAUAUAUUUAAAGAAAACUACAAAAGUAUAUAAUUUUCUUCUAAUGUAGAGACGAGUUUUUACUAUUUGUGUUUUUUUAUCAAAUUUAUGAACAGCUUUCACGAAAUAAGAAUUACUACACUAAAAAUCUACUCAGUUACUAUAUUUUUUGAUAAAUAAAUAUGAAAAAAUGGAAACACGAAAAAAAUAAAAUAGGUUUCGAUAUUUUCGAAAACCAAAACUAGCAUUGAAGGAAUCAGUAUCCCGUGAAACGUUAACAUACUAAGAAAAUAGUUUAUUUAUAGACAAAUAUACAAAAAUGUAUUUUAUAAUCUUGAUUUAUCAUAAAAUAUGAAAAUUGAAUGUGUAAAAUAAUUUAUCUAUUGGGCCAUUCGAAAAAUUGAAUGAAGAGAUGCAAACUAUCCAACAUAAAAAGUAACUAAAACAAUAAGGACCCCCAGUGACUCGAACAUAACCUAUAAAUUCCAAAUAUUUUAACAUUUAUCGAGUAAUCCUUGUCAGUUGUUACCCGUUAAAUAAAAUCCAAAGUGUCAUUCUAAAUGUUGGUAACAAUGUGACAUUGUUUUUCAGUGUUGCAUGAUUUAUAGUUUUCAAAAUUAGGUAAUUAAGUCAGUAGAUCUUAUUUUGGUGUUUCUCGACAACGAUGUAAUACAUCCAUCAUAUCUUCGGAGUCGGUUGUGAUAAUGCAACUCAAUAAAGUAUGAAUAUCCAACGUUUAAUUUGAAUAUUUGUUCGUCUAUUAGGAAAAAUUAUAUUCUCAACGCUUGGCAACUAUGUGGCAUCCUUCUUCAGUGUUACUAUUAGGCCUGAUUUUGAAGAAUAUCUGUCAUAUAUUUGCAUCGAUAGUGAUAAUGCCUUUGAAAUAGGGUCUAAAUAUUUAACGUUUAAUUUUAUUGAGUGAAAUUAUAUUCUGAACGUUGGUAAUCAUGUUUAUUUUCAGUUUUGCAAGAUUUAAUUGCUUUAAUGCAAUUACGCCAAAUCUUAUUUUUGUGAUUCAAACAUUUUCAAAUUUUGGUGGAAUUGGAUGUAAUAUAAUUAAGUUAAAAUACAAAACGUGGAAGCGAUGCUAAACUUUCGUUAUAUUAUAUAAUUGCAAACUCAUCUAAAUAAUGUUUACUAUCAGUUUUAGAUAAAAUUAUCAAAAAAUUAGUUCUUAGAAAGAUAUUGAGACACAAUGAAAAUCAGUUCAUUCCACAAGAGGAUAUUCUUGAUUUUAUAUUUUAUUUAAAACUUUCAGCUUUAUCAAUUUCUUGAUAAUAUAUGUUGUCUAAAUGAAUAUCUGUUUAUCCAGGACACAAUUAUACGUUUUUAUUGGAACAAUUGGCUUCACCAUUCUUUCCAUAUUUGCAAAUGAUAAAUGCCGAGAAGGCCUAACGCUUUCUAAUUGUUUAAUGUCUUCCUAUUUCCGCAUUUAUAAUAUAUAUUGCCAAAUGUACCUAUAACCGAUUGAAAAUCAAAUAAAUAUGUGAAUAUAUGUUAGUAUCCUAUAGAUACCAAGCCGUAGGUAGAUAAAAAAGAAGAAUUCGGUUAGUGACAGAAAUAAAUUUUAUUUUCCUAUGCAUGAAUGAGCUGACACAAAAUAGCGUACAGCAAAGACAUUAUCCUACAUUUUUUUGUCUUAUUAUAAAAAUUGUGUCUCUCAUUCAGAUCUCUAUAAGUUAAAAAAUAUAUUUUUAUAUAGGGUGUACCAAAAAAUCAAAUCUUGAGCUCGGAAGCUAGCUCAAAAACUGUCACAUAUAUAAUUUUUUAUCUAAGAGUUUAUUGUGUAUUCAUUUAAGAUUGAAACUGGGAAUUUUUUGUGUUCUUUUUUCGUAUUAAAAAACUUAUUGAAAUCAUCUUACAACAACGGUUUUACCCGACAUACGAAUUACUUUUCAGCUUAUUUCAUACUGUUAAAAAACAUCAGUUAUUCUAAAUUAUAACAACCUGUUUUACCUACUCUAAUCUGUGGUAGUAAACUGUAUAUUAUUGAAGUAAGCCUUACCAUUGCAACAAUAGAUAGCGCAAUGUAUAUCUCUAACAGUUAAUGACAGUUGGACUUGUGCCUAACCUUUAAAACAUACAGUUAUCAAUAUUUUCUGUUGUGUUAAAUUUAUUUUCUUCAUAUUCAAUGGAGUUUUACUAUCAAAUGAAAGCUUUUUAUUUAAAAACUCUAUGUUGAAUUAAUUUUACAUGCUUCUCUCUAAUUCUACUCUACACAUUUACCUUAUUUUCCUUCGCCUUUCAGUCCACCUGGUUUCCACUCUAUGAGUAACUUAGUUUCAUAUCCGCUUUUCUCUCCACGUUUUCAGACUAGACUAGUUGUUAAUCUUUGAUUAUUAUAUAUUUGGUUUCCAUGACAUUUCUGAACUGAAAACUUCGGUGGACGAAAUCUAGAGAACGAUCAACUCCAAGAUGGGAGUAGAAGAUUGGCAUCAAAGAGAAAUGUAAAGGACAAGAAUAACGAAUAAUUUUAGGGGAAUAUAGUGUAGAAGAAGGUGUUUCUGAUCCUCUCAUUUGUGAUCGUUUUCAUUCUGAUUCUUCCCAGUGCUUCUCACCAGAAAUCAAUUUUUUCAACUCCCAUACUCAUUUCUACUUUCUCUAUAUUCUUCACAGUAGUAUUGUAGAUUCUGUUUUCAAUUGUCCCCAUGUUUUUAUCGCCUUUCUCGUCAUCACUUCUGUCUUCGACUGUUUCAUCCAAUGAUAUAAUUUGUUUGGUAGAUUCAUUUCCAGAUGUUUCUAGUACUUUUUCACCACUUUCCACUAUUUAAUGAUUUAAUUUAUUUUUGUGUAAACAUGGUUUUAUCCAGAUUAACUUCUAAGUCUCACUUUUCAUAUCGUUAUAAAAGUUUUUGGGUCAUAUACUCAAUAUCUUCAUCAUUUUAUGGUAUCCCCACUAUGUAUAUCUGGUUUGUAAAGCUCAGGAUGUAAUAUCUCUCUACAUCUCCUCCCGCAAUGAUUAUCCUUCUGUAAAUUCUGUUUUUAAUUGUCUCUAUUUCCAAGUAUUCUCUUAUUGCCUUUCUUCUCAUCAUUUCAAUCUUCAACUGCUUCAUCCAACGAUAUCCUUUGUUUAAUAGUUUCAGUACCAGAUUUUUCUAGCACUCUUUGAUUCCUAUCUACUAUUCAGAAGAAUAACUUUUGGUGUGUGUGGUUUUAUCCAGAUUGAAUUCCAGGUCCCACUUUUCAUCAUUAUAGAAGCUUUCGGGUCAUAUAAUCUUGCGAUAUCACUACUACUCCGCAAAGCUCAGGAUGUAACUAUUGUUUUUGAAAAGCGAUAAACCCUUUAGUUUUCCUCCCUUAAUAAUUAUUCGAUGAGUAGUUUUAACAAAACAAUGUUCAACUUCUCUAUUUUUGAAGCACCCAUCGUUUAUCGUCUUUUCUUAAUUUUUUUCUUCUAUUUUGAUGAUUAUCCCUCAAUAAAACAGCUAAUUCUUAGUGUUUAGGUAACUUAAUUUCCAAUCCGCGGGUUGUUAUUUACUAGAAAUAUUUGGAACAAUUUAAUCCAGUGUCUGAACGUGUCACAUCUGUAUUUGAUAUAUAUCUCCAGGUUUAGAAUAUUUUCGUUCUUCAGAAAACGUAUCUCCAACUUUUUUUCUACUAUUUUCAUUACUGUUUAUAUUUUCUUAUUUUUCUUCAUAUGGUUUUUAUUAUUUUCCAACUUUCAGUAUCCGUUGUUGCUUGUAUAAAUAUGAAUGCAGUUUUUUCCCAAACUUCAUAUUAGAAUUGGUGUUCUGUUUUUUGCAACCAUAUCCCUAAUACCUUCCACGAUGGUCUCAUUUCUCCAACAGGGUUUCAGUGUUCUCAUUUUUAUAUACAAUUCCCAGCUGUCAUAGUUAAUCCUGAAGCCUUUCUACCCUUUCAGGUGAAAAGCAUGCUGAAGAUCAGUCAUAACGUGGCUUCCCUUUUCCAUAGCAGUUUUCUUUCUUUCCUAACUUGUCUUUUGUUUUAUUUCCUGCCAUCUUAUUCUUUGAUUUUUCCCUACCAUCUUAAUUUUUUCUGUCCAGCUCCUUCUAGGUCUUCCUUUCUUUUUUUGUUAGUUUGUGCUUCAUAUAUCUUCCGUAUUAAUCGUUUUCUUCCAUUUUCAUAACAUGGUCAAACCAUCUUAAUUGUUUUUCUUCGAUUUUGUUUUUAAUUGGUUUUAAAUUAAAAUUUCAUCUUAUAAUUAGUAAGUAGUUAUUCCUUAUUUCGUCGUUUCUCGAUUUAUUCUUUAUUUUUCUUAGCAAUCUCAUUUAUGUACUGUAUAUUUUUCUGUGUAAGUGUCUAUGUCCCUGAUCCGUAUGUCAAUAUGGGUGUGGUUAUUUUUUUUAUAUUUCUGUUUUUAUAUGUUUUGGUUGAUCCCUUUUAAAGCUUUUGACCAGGUCUAUAUUUGAUUCUUCUAAUUUUAUGUGUCUUCUUUCGGUUUGCUUUCAUCGACUUAGUUUUGUGUUGGUCUAUUUUCAUAUUGAUUAUCACUGUCAUUGUAUAUUUUUAAGUUGUAUGAAUUCUUAUACUUAUUGAGUUCUUCUGAGUUUUUUCAAAAACAGGGUUCCCUCUAAUUUUUUAGCAAAUUUGAGAUUGAAAAACAAUUCAUAUCAAUUUACCAAGUAUAAGGGUGGUUAUAGAAAAAGUCUAUAUUUUACUCGUCCAAAAUAUUUUUUAAAACAUACUAUCAUUAGUUACAAUGCUUUUUAUUGUGAUUAUAUAAGUGGUUGGUACACCCAAUAAUAUUCAAUAUAUUGAAAACGCUGUUGUUUUUGAUUUUACAGAAUUUAGAAGUGGGAACAAUUGUUAUAUAACAUUAAAAAUAUAUUAUUGUAUAAAUAAACAUUUUGCUUCGUUCAAAUAAAAAAGUCCUAUGUUUUGUGAUAAUUUCUAAAUAUUUAGUUCCCAUUUCAAUUUAACUUGUUAAGCUAUAUUAGUAAAUAAAGAAAGUAUAUUACUGUUCUAUUAAUAAACGAGAAUUUGUUUAUAA